CGCCUGAGGGGCGAUGGCGGCAGCGGCGGGGCCCGGCAGCGGCUCCCCCCGCGCCCGGCCUCGGGCUCGCCCCCAGCGCGGCUGGAAACCCGCCGGGACAGCUUUAAAGGCUUGCGGCAGCCUCCGCUGAAGAGGUUUCGUCGUGUCUGAGCGUGGCCGGGGCUGCGUGCCGUAGCCCUCGGGGCUGGCGGCGGGCCGCGCCUGAGGCGGCCUCACGCAGAAAUGCAGCUGAGGGCACAAAGCUCUCGGAGCGGGGCGGCCCGGCACAGCCCUGCCAACGGACUCGAGCAACCUGCCAGCAGAGGGACAAGCUGAGACCCGGGACCACGCAGAGUGCAGCGAGGGAGCAGAGAGAGACUCUCUGCAGCAGCCCGAGACCCCCAUGGACGCCCCUCAGAGCCAGCCCACAUGCCUGACGGCCGCGUCGAUGGGAUAGUCAGUCCCUGAGAACUCCAACACACACCGCCCGCUGCCCAUCGCAGCUGAGCCGGCAGCAUGGCCGCGGCGCAGGGCUGCGGCGAGGGCCAGAUCGCGGGGCUGUACGACCUGGAGCGCACGCUGGGCAAGGGGCACUUCGCGGUGGUGAAGCUGGCGCGGCACGUCUUCACCGGGCAGCGCGUGGCCGUCAAGGUGAUCGACAAGAGCAAGCUGGCGGGGGAGGCGGCGGGGCAGCUCCUGCAGGAGGUGCGCUGCAUGAAGCUGGUGCAGCACCCCAACGUGGUGCGUCUCUACGAGGUCAUCGACACCCACGCCAAGCUCUACCUCAUCCUGGAGCUGGGCGACGGCGGCGACAUGUUUGACCACAUCAUGCGGCACGAGGGCGGGCUGGCCGAGCCCCGCGCCAAGCACUACUUCGCCCAGAUCGUCCACGCCAUCUCCUACUGCCACAAGCUCCACGUGGUGCACCGAGACCUCAAGCCCGAGAACGUGGUUUUCUUCCAGGAGCAAGGGCUGGUCAAGCUCACCGACUUUGGCUUCAGCAACCGCUUCCAGCCCGGCAAGAUGCUGACCACCAGCUGCGGCUCGCUGGCGUACUCUGCGCCCGAGAUCCUGCUGGGGGACGAGUACGACGCCCCGGCCGUGGACAUCUGGAGCCUGGGGGUCAUCCUCUACAUGCUGGUGUGCGGCCACCCCCCCUUCCAGGAGGCCAACGACAGCGAGACCCUCACCAUGAUCAUGGACUGUCGCUACAGCGUGCCCCCGCACGUCUCGGCACAGUGCGCUGAUCUCAUCUCCAGGAUGCUGCAGCGGGACCCGAAGCAGCGAGCGUCCCUGGAGCAGAUCGAGGCGCACGCGUGGCUGCAGGGGGUGGACCCGUCCCCCGCCAGCCGCUGCCUCCUGCCCCUCACCUCCCACAAGCGGGUGUCGGAGCAGGAGCACGAAAUCAUCCUGCAGGCCAUGACCUGCGGGAACAUCGCGGAUCGGGACACCAUCCAGGAGGCGCUGGAGGCCGACCGCUACAACCACAUCACGGCCACCUAUUUCCUGCUGGCGGAGAGGAUGCUGCGGGAGAGGCAGGAGAAGCAGGGCCACGGCCUCAGCCUCGUCUACAACCUGGCCAAGGAAGUGCAGAGCAGGACCAACGUCCCGGCCGGGUUCGGCCCGCUGGGCGCCGGCUGCCGGGCGCCCCCCGUGCCCAGCGCCGCGGACGCGAGCGGCCGUCGGUCCCCGCUGAGCGUCCCCGCCGUCGACGCCGCCAUCAGCAAGAGCAGCCCGGCCCUGCAGCAGAUCUGCGAGGAGGAGGAGGAGGAGGAGGAGGAGGAGGAGGGCAGGCCCGGUGCCGCGGAGAGGAAGAGCAGCUCGCUGAACCAGGAGCAGAUGCGAGCCUUCCUGCUGGCCCGGCGCCGCGGGGCCGAGCUCGGGGGCUGCGCCGGGCGCCCGGGGGCAGCUUGGGCCGGGAAGGGGCUCGGCGGGGGCCGGGGGGUCCCGGCCAGACGGGGCCGCGGGGAGCAGCCCCCGAGGAUGGAGGCAGACGCGGGGCCCGGCGGCUCCGAGGCGGGGGCUCCCGGGGCCGGAGCGGCCCUGCCGUCCCGCCGGGGCAGCUCCGCCGGGGUGUCCCCGGGGCCGGACGCCACCCCCGGCAGCCAGCCCGGCCCCGCGGCCAGCAGCACCGCGGCGGCGACACCGGCCGGCCCGGCACAGCGGCCGGCGCAGAGCCUGGGCCCGGCGAGCGGCGAGGCCGUGAGGGCGGCCCCGGGCAAGGGCAAGGGCGGCAGCCUGCGGGACAGGCUCCUGCAGCUCCCGCUCUGCGAGAAGGCGCUGGCGUUCCGCCUGCGGCCGGGCUCCCGGGACGGGCUCCUGUCCCUGGGGCAGUUCAACUGCUGCCACGUCAUCUGAGCGCCCCAUCGCGCCGUGGGGCCGGGGCUGCCCGCCCCUCUGCCCUGCCUGCGCACACAGGCCCGGCUUUGGCACCUGCCCCGGGCCCAGGCUGCGGGGGAGGCUGGGCUCAGAGCCCCUGGGCUGGGCUCAAAGCCUCCAGGAUGGGCUCAAAGCCCCUGGGCUGGGCUCAGAGCCUCAGGGCUGGGCUCAAAACCCCCCGGCUGGGCUCAGAGCCUCAGGGCUGGGCUCAAAGCCUCCAGGAUGGGCUCAGAGCCUCAGGGCUGGGCUCAAAGCCUCCAGGAUGGGCUCAGAGCCUCGGGGCUGGGCUCAAAGCCUCCAGGAUGGGCUCAAAGCCUCCAGACUGGGCUCAGCCUCCAGACUGGGCUCAAAGCCUCCAGACUGGGCUCAGAACCCCCGGGCUGGGCUCAGAACCCCCGGGCUGGGCUCAGAGCCCCCCGGCUGCCCCCAGCCCCAGCCUUGCAGUAACCACGCCACCUUUUUUUAACUACUAGAAAGAAUUUUUUUAAAUAGUCUAUUUUAAUGUAAGGAAGCAGAGAUUGCUAUAUCCCCCCCCACUGCCACCCCAGCCCGUGCCUCACCCCCCGGCCUGCCUGCAGCCCCCUGCCGCCCCCCGGCCGGGGCCAGGCGCAGCCCUGCCCGCGGCCGCUCCCUGGGCACCCCCCUGCCAAUAAGCUGCCUAUUUAUUCUUUGUUUUCUUGCUGGCAAGAAAUGAACCGAGGGAGCGGCGCGGCCCGAGCCGUGCGGGGAAGGGAGGGACGGGAGCGCUGGGAAGAGAAGGUCACGGGGCCAAUAAACUCACUCGUGGCUCCGUGCA